UCGUUACCCCUGGAUCAACAUGAAGACUUCAUCGACGGCACCGAUGAUGCCAUUGGUGGUGUUUUUGGUGUCCCUGCUUUGCAUCGCAUCCUCCGUUGGUCGUGGAAAUCACGUCCAGAGAGAGGGAAAACUGCUGUCCCUUUUUCAAAUCGUCACUUUUCCUAAUGAUCCUUGCAUCGGGAAUGCGGGCAAAAACGGGACUUGUUACACGCCCGAGGAGUGCACUAACAAAGGCGGGAGCGCCGCUGGGAAUUGUGCACAAGGCUACGGAGUUUGCUGCUCAUUCACUGUCAGUUGUGGAGGCACCCGCUCGGAGAAUUGCACGUAUUUUGAAUCCUCCGGCAGCGAGGCUGGUUCUUGUUUGGCCACGAUUUGUCCCUGCAGCGAUAACAUUUGUCAAUUAAGGCUCGACUUUGACCAAUUUAUUAUCACUGGGCCUUCCACUGAUGACACUCCUGUCUUAACAACAAUAGCUGGCGAUACGGUGAAAGAAGGGCAGCCUAGUACGCUUGGUGGAAGGUGUUUGACCGACACGUUUUCCGUGUCCAGUCCCUCUGGUUGCGCCCCGCCCUCGAUUUGCGGCACGAAUAGUGGAGAACACAUGUAUGUGGAUGCCUCUGAGGCUUGUAAUGAUCUUAGGUUUGUCCUCGGGAAUCAGGGCGUUGGAGCAAGUAUCGCUGGUCGACAAUGGAGCAUUAAGGUGACUCAGUACUCAUGCGACUUCAAAAAUUUGGCUCCAGAGGGAUGUACGCAGUAUUUUUAUGGAGAAAAUACGGACAUUAUUCAGACUUAUAACUUUGGGAAUGGUCGGCACUUAGCCAAUCAAAACCAAAACAUUUGCAUCCGACGCGAGAGGGGCAAUUGUAAAAUUUGCUACACUGCCAUAGACCCUGCUGACGUUUCAGUUAAUGGUAUGGCUGCAGAUAUGGGACACAAUGCGAAUGAUCCCAAAUGUUGUGGGUACACGGACUCUGGUAAGGCCACUAAUGGGUUCGAUUGCAUUGUGAUCCCGGGCUUGAGAACAACCGGCGCGGAUAGCGUGUUGAAGGGAGACUCUGUGUGCGGCAAUGGAGUGGGAUUGGUUACAAAGAAGACCGGGACCGCCAGCGCCACCGUCUGUUCCAAACGACAACCGUUUAGCGUGCGCUUUCGAAGUGACAGUUAUGAAAUUAUGGAUGAAAUGGGCAUGUUGGGAUUCCGUCUACUUUAUACCCAGAACUCCAAUGGUUGUUAAUCGCGUGACUUUCUUCUCAAUAGAAAUCAUUUUCAAUUGUUAUAUUAUUUAAAA